GGCGCUCUCUUUUAGAUAAACGCGAAAAGUGCGAUCAGAAUUCCUGCGGUGUAGCUACUUGCUUAGGUGAGACUUUCGCUUUGUGGUACAAAAACGUCAAAAGGCAGAGAGGAAAGUGAUAGAGGGGAGGUUCCUCCUUAUCUCUCUUGGCGUGGAUGUUUAAACUCUUGCUCACUGAAACAAGCCGUUUAAAAUAGCAAACGCCACUCUGUGCGAUGUCUUGCGACUCGAAACUUUACUGGUAGCGCCAACGUUUGAGCUGUCCCUUUGAUCAGAAGAUGGAGAUGCAUUUGAUGCACAGAUGGGAUUUUUUUCUCUGUCUCUGAUUAAGAAGUUAACUGGAUGUCUUCCAAGAGACCGGCCUCUCCGUAUGCAGAAACAGAUGGAGAGGUAACCAAUGCGACAAACAGACAGAAAGUAGAAGAGGGUGAAAGUGAUGGGCACUCUGCUUUUCACCUGACUCUUCCCCCGAACUUCUCAAACAAUCUACACACAGAGGAAGAACAUACCGCGUCCACAAUGACCAGAGAGACUUCGUGUUGUGAGAGUCCGACAUCUCUGCAGGACACGCCGGAUCACGAUGAGAAUAAAGCAGCCUCUCUGUUCUCUACACACAACUCAUCUACCUCACCUCUGAAGACUGAAGAAGGGGCUCGACUGAGCAGUGAGUCAGGACCCGGGACGGCACUGGGUACCCCAGAGAGGCGCAAGGGUAGCCUGGCUGAUGUGGUGGACACACUGAAGCAGAAGAAAAUGGAGGAGCUGAUCAAAAGUGAACCCGAAGAAACUCCUAGUAUCGAGAAGCUGCUAUCAAAAGACUGGAAGGACAAGCUUCUUGCCAUGGGAUCAGGAAACAUCGGGGAGAUUAAAGGGACGCCUGAGAGCCUGGCGGAGAAGGAACGGCAGCUCAUGGCAAUGAUCAACCAGUUGACAAGUCUGCGUGAGCAGUUGCUGGCAGCUCAUGAUGAACAGAAAAAGCUGGCAGCCUCGCAGAUCGAGAAGCAACGGCAGCAAAUGGAACUCGCAAAGCAGCAACAGGAACAAAUCGCAAGGCAACAGCAGCAGUUGUUACAGCAACAACACAAGAUCAACCUCCUUCAGCAGCAGAUCCAGCAGGUUCAAGGUCAGUUGCCUCCGUUGAUGAUCCCAGUGUUUCCACCGGAUCAGCGAACCUUGGCAGCUGCGGCAGCUCAGCAAGGAUUCCUCCUGCCUCCUGGAUUCUCGUACAAACCUGGAGGAUGCAAUGAGCCGUACCCGCUUCAGCUUAUCCCCACGACGAUGGCGGCAGCAACACCAGGUCUUGGCCAACUCCAGUUGCAGCAGUUGUAUGCAGCCCAACUGGCAGCCAUGCAGGUGUCUCCUGGAGCCAAGUUACACAGUAUGUCGCAGUCCAGUCUAAGCAACACACUGUCACCCAACAACAUCCAGGGAGAGAAAGGCAGGAACAGCCCCCCACCCAAAAGCAAGGAUGAGGCGACGCAGCCAUUGAACCUCUCAGCCAAGCCGAAAACUUUUGAUCCCACCAAGUCACCAGUGUCACCGAGCUCACCACCAAUUCCCACUCUGAAAGCCAGCACAGGUCCUGGCCACCUCAAGCCCGCCAUCUCCACCACGUUAAGCGGCACUCCUGGUCGAAUGACUUCAAUAGACAUCCUCUCCUCCAUCACCUCCUCGGGUUACUUGAAUGACCAUGACGCCAUGGCAAAAGCGAUCCAAGAAGCACGACAAAUGAAGGAACAGCUUCGUAGAGAGCAGCAGGCACUUGACGGGAAGGUUGCAGUCAUUAACACCCUCGGCCUAAAUAACUGCAGAAUGGAAAAGAUGCACGAGAAAACUUCAAUGGAAAAUUUGGCUCAACAUUUGUCCGAGAAACGACCAGAAGACGGGAAAUUUGGACAUGCAAUGGUGGAUUUUAACAUGGGUGGAGAAUCGGACGGAAAUGCUGGAGUAUCGGAGCCCAGAAUUUAUCGCGAAGCCCGAGGUCGGAGCAGUAACGAACCACACAUAAAGCGGCCGAUGAACGCCUUCAUGGUCUGGGCCAAGGACGAGAGGCGGAAGAUCCUUCAGGCUUUUCCCGACAUGCACAACUCCAACAUCAGCAAAAUUCUAGGCUCCCGCUGGAAGGCCAUGACGAACCUGGAGAAGCAGCCGUACUACGAAGAACAAGCAAGACUCAGCAAGCAGCACCUGGAGAGGUACCCAGACUACAAGUACAAGCCACGGCCAAAGCGUACUUGUGUGGUAGAUGGCAAGAAGCUGAGGAUUGGAGAAUAUAAGGCUUUGAUGCGCAACAGGCGUCAAGAAAUGCGGCAGUUCUUCACUGUUGGGCAGCAAGGCCAGAUCCCCAUUACUACAGCUGGAGUGGUGUACCCUGGUGCCAUUGCCAUGGCGGGAAUUCCAUCGCCUCGAAUCCCCUCCGAGCACUCCAGCAUGUCCAGCAGCCCGGAGCCCAGCAUGCCUGUCAUCCAGAGCACUUACAGCCUCAAAUCCGAGGAGGGCCGAGCGAGGGACGACCUGCGGGUCGGCGACAUGAACGGAGGCGUGUUCGACGAGUACGAGGAUGAGGAUGAGGAUGAUCCUGAUGCAGAUUAUGGCAGUGAUGAGGAAAAUCAUGUGGUGGCUCAUGCUGACUGAGGGGAAUGGCUAGGAGUCUCCACCAACUAGUUAACGUCAGCCAGACUGAUUCAUCCUACCAGGGGCCAAGCACAUUUUGACUAUCCGAUACACUGACUGUUAUUUAAAACUAUUUAGUCUUAAUAAACAAGAAAUAGUCAGAACUCUACUGACUACUAGACCUCUCGGCCUAUGGUACAGGCAUGGGAAAAAUGAUAAGCUAUGGGUAAAACGAUGCCAGUAAAAUCAGCUGCUAUUCCCAAGCACUGAAGACUUACCCUCCUGAGCUUUGUCUAGACUUGCGACUGUCGUUCUAGAAGAUUCUAUAAAAUUCUCACUCAGGUACAAAGUGCCAACAAGUGGCUUGUGAAUGUGUUUUGUUUAUUUUGUGCCACAAUAAAAGGUGUUUCUUCUUUUGUUUUGUUCUUGUUUUUGGAUGGACUAAGGAAAAAAAAUGUUUUUUUGUUGCUUUCAAGUUACCUUUGUUUCAAAGGAAUCUAUUUUCUUGAAUAUUAAGAUACUGUUGCACCCUCAUCGAGUACUUGUGUUUUUUUUGUUGUUGCACACCAUUUCAAAAUGCAACUCCGAGUAAGUGCCAAAAUUUGUAAUUGUUGGAAUUAGUUCAUGCGUUUUCCUACAGUCUUAAGCUAGGGAUAUUGUUGGGUCUUAGACAAUCCCAGACACCUUUCCAUACCAGCAGCUGUGGGGAAACUAUAGGGGCAGUUCUCAGGUGAAAGGGGAGAAAACUGAAGACAUGAGAAACUUUUUAUUACGUGAAUUUUGUGUGGUUGUGCGUAGGUGUGUGUGUGUGUGUGUGUGUGUGUGUGCUUUGUGUGUGAUUUGUGUGUGUGCAUGUAUGUGAGUGAGAGUGAGAGAGAUACAUAAAGAGAGGGUAUUAUGGUACUUUAUAGGGUGUCAGAGGUAGUGACAGCAAAGUAGCAUGGGGGAUGAAAAAGUCCCUGUACUUAAUACUCGUUCCCACUCCCUUUGCCAUGAAGCCUGCCAUUUCCUCCCCGUUUCCCAGCAGCCUCACCGAGGCAGUCACUUUCUCCUACCUUCACACACCUUAUUUUUUAAAAGAUCCAAAUUUGUAGCACUUAUGGAAACAAAAAUUCCACACCCACAUACACUUAAGGGGGAGCGUGACUAAACAAACAAAUCCAGGGCAAAGCCUGCCUCUGACAGAGUUUCUCUCAUUCGAGGGCGAGAUGGCUCUAAGAUGGCUUCUGCUUGGUUUUGUGAGAUGGCUACAGUACCUCCAAUGGACUUUGGGAGUCUGAAUUUAUGACCCUACCCACCACAAAAUACAAUUUCGGAUACGUGAAAGUAAAAUGGCUUUGUUGUUAUAGGUGGAUUAGCUGAUCAUAUACUGCAUGUCAGUGUUUAAUUUGUAUUUUUUGACUGUAUUUUUCAAUUUUAACUGCCUCUUAAUAGUGUACAAUGAUGGUCAGCUAGUCCCCAGUUAGUAAGUUAUGUAUAAUUUAUUUCCUCCAUUCUAACUAAUUGAUUCUCAAUGCAGCAUUCUGUAGCUGUAGAUAUUUAAGCCUGGUAUUUUAGCUAUAAACAGUUUUUUCUUUUUAUGUUCUUUAAGUCCUAGUGAUGUCAUGUUAUGAUGUUUAAUCAGCAGGCGUGAAAAUAAUUCGACUGUUUGUUGGGACAGAAAUGAGACCAUUCUCUCAUAAUCUCAUUUCUAUUUAAUUGUCAUGGUCAUUUAGAGCUGAUUUGCUGAAGCACUCUGUAACUGAAAAAGAAAAAAUGCAGAAAAAAACAAGUGUUUUAUAUCACUUUAUGUAAAAUGUGAAACCAGUUUUUUUGUUUUCUUUUCCUUGACUGUGUGAACAAAUUUCUGACUGUUGUGAGGCAUUUAGCCUCACAUUGGCUGGCCUUUUUCACCAUUUUUUUUGGCUCCCUGUUUAUUUAUGUGACUCUGGACUACAAGAGUACUUUGUUUUAGCUCCAGUAAGGUUCCACCAUGACUUCAUGGCUGUGAACUAUUUGUGAUUUAUAUGCCAACAACGGAAACUGUGUCGGAGAUUUUUCUUUUAUUUUUGCUCCUGAUUUUAUUCCUUUUUUUUGCGCAGAGUUCUCAUCUCACUGACAUUUUUGCAUUCUGCAAUUCCAAAUCUCAGACUACUCAAUUCUUAUGAUGCUGUACUGUUUUUUUUAAAGAAAAUGUAUUUAUUGGCCAUCACGGCUCUAAAAUGUAUUUGACACAGAUUGUGUUCAGGAAGACAAUCAAAUCGAGUGGAGCUUAAAACAAAGUAAACUGAAUCUACCAUCUCACUUGAAAUUUAAAGAAAGAUAUGUAAAUAUAACAUAGAAUUAUAGAUUUAUAUUUUGUUCAUAACACAUAGUGUAAUAUAAGUUGUAUAUUUUCAUGUUUUUUUGUUUAUGUUAUCAUUCAUGCCAUAAUAAAAGCAAGAGUACUCGUACUCUGA